UUGCAAACUCAAGUUCAAGCGUUAUUUCAUUUGUUCAUUCAUUCUAACUUUGGUAACUUCAUUUUCUCAUUCAAACUGUCAUUCGUUCGUUCGUUCGUUCAUUCAUUCAUUCAUUCAUUCAUUCGUUCAUUCAUUCACUCAUUUACUGACUCAUUAAUUUAUUAA